UUCCGGAGGUCAAUGCAUCGUUUUGUCUGGUUCUGACCCGCCUGGUCCUAUUUAAGUCCUCCAUGAAUGUCCCCGGUCCUUCGUCUUCCUGAACAACUGACUAACAGUGCAUUUGCCUUAUUUCCCGGCCAACAGAUUCUGAGGCCCAGAACUUUUCAGAGAUGGAGAGCAUCAAAUCUCCAUUUCGAGGAAUAGCGGUGGAUUUCAGAGGUCGAGUGUCGUGCUACAAGGAAGAUUGGAUCUCGGGUCUUCAUUCAGGAAUUGGGAUUUUGGCCCCAACAACAUAUAUUUUCUUUGCCUCUGCACUCCCAGUUAUUGCCUUCGGUGAGCAGCUCAGUAGAGAUACAGAUGGAAGCUUGAGUGCUGUUGAAACAUUGGCAUCUACCGCCAUAUGUGGCAUCAUACACGCCAUAUUCGGUGGACAGCCACUUCUAAUACUCGGAGUUGCAGAACCCACCAUCAUCAUGUACACUUAUCUUUACAACUUUGCCAAAGGAAGGGAGGACUUGGGGCAGGACCUAUACAUGGCUUGGGCAGGAUGGGUGUGCGUUUGGACUGCUCUGAUGCUAUUUUUGCUUGCAAUAUUCAAUGCCUGUGACAUAAUCAACCGAUUCACAAGAGUUGCGGGAGAGCUUUUCGGGAUGUUGAUCACUGUACUCUUUAUUCAAGAGGCCAUCAAGGGAGUCGUGAGCGAGUUUAAGGUCCCUGAAGCCGAAGACCUGAACCUGGAGAAGUAUCAGUUCCAGUGGCUUUACACAAAUGGACUCUUAGGGAUAAUAUUCACCUUUGGCCUUCUUUACACUGCCUUGAAGAGCAGGAAGGCGAGAUCUUGGUUAUAUGGAACAGGUAGCCUCAGAAGCUUCACUGCAGAUUACGGGGUACCGCUAAUGGUAAUAGCUUGGACAGCGCUUUCCUUUAGCAUGCCCAGUAAAGUUGCUUCUGGUGUUCCGCGGAGGCUGUAUAGCCCGUUGCUGUGGGAUUCUGCUUCAUAUCACCAUUGGACUGUGAUUAAAGAUAUGAGCAGGGUCCCACCAACAUAUAUCUUGGCGGCCUUCAUUCCUGCUUUGAUGAUCGCUGGGCUCUACUUCUUCGACCACAGCGUGGCGUCGCAGCUAGCACAACAGAAGGAGUUCAAUCUGAAGAAGCCGACUGCUUAUCACUAUGAUAUCUUAAUCCUUGGAUUCAUGACUUUGCUUUGCGGGUUGGUUGGGUUGCCCCCAUCGAAUGGUGUCCUCCCGCAGUCUCCCAUGCACACUAAGAGCCUUGCAACUCUAAAGAGGCAGUUUAUUAGAAGGAAAAUGGUAAAGAGCGUGAAGGAGAGUAUUAAGCAGAAAGCUAGCAACUCGGAGAUAUAUGACAAGAUGCAAGAUGUUUUCAUAGAGAUCGAAGACACUCCUGUUACUUCUCCUCUAGUUAAGGAGCUAGAAGAUCUGAAGGAGGCAGUUACCAAAUCCGAAAAGGACCAAGCAGAAAAAGUAACAUCUGAUCCCACGAUUCACAUAGAUGACCACUUGCCUGUUCGAGUGAAUGAGCAAAGAGUGAGCAAUCUGCUGCAGUCGCUCCUGGUGGCAGCAUCUGUAUGUGCUAUCCCAGUCAUUAAGCUCAUCCCAACAUCAGUUCUCUGGGGAUAUUUUGCUUAUAUGGCAAUCGACAGCCUCCCCGGAAACCAAUUAUGGGAACGUAUGCUCUUUGUCUUCAUCACUCCUGCACGUCGCUACAAGGUGUUCGAGCGAGCGCAUGCCUCGUUCAUUGAAUCAGUGCCUUUCAAGUACAUAGCAGCAUUCACACUACUCCAGUUCGUGUACUUGCUCCUGUGCUUCGGGAUCACGUGGAUUCCAAUCGCAGGAAUCCUAUUCCCCCUCCCAUUCUUCAUCCUCAUAGCCAUAAGGCAGCAUGGGCUGCCCAGGCUAUUCUCUCCCUACCAUCUUCAGGAAUUGGACGCUGCCGAAUAUGAAGAGAUAGCAAGGACCCCAGAACUCUCCCUCAGCCUAUCUCAUCGAGAGAAUGAGGCGCCUGAAUUGGGCGGUAUGGAAGGCAGGAUGCAAGUUUGUGAUGCCGAGACUUUGGAUGAGCUUACAACAAGCAGAGGAGAGCUGAAGGUUAGGACUUCGAGCUUCAGCGAGCACAGAAGUGACCACCAGGUGCGCCCUGAAGAAAUCGUCCCCGAAGAUUAAUUUGGUUUCGAUGUUCCCGUGGAACUAAUGGAAAGAUUAUUAUGGCAAUAGUAAGGGAGGUCAUAUGUAUGUUCUACAGAAGCCACACACAUGAUGGAGUGAACUUCGGGACAUCUCGACAUGGGGGGGGGGGGGGGGGGGGGGGGGGUGAAGAGUAGGUCUCUUCUUCUUCUUUUUUUCUGUGAAAGCACGAGAAGUUGGUUUGUUUUAGGUACUUCGUUACAUUUCGAACAUAAUGUUGAGUUUGUUGUUUGUACAGCUUUCUUUUUCAGUUAGUAAGGAGAUGUAAGGGUUUAAUAAAAAAAAUAAAAACUAAAUAAAGUACCACGGGAAGUUCUACUAUAAGAAUCAAU